UACACAAUAUCAAAGACCAAAGUCCAGCUUUUCCUUUGAAAUGGACUUUUCUCGUGAGAGCUCAAACCCUAACCCUAAUUACACCUUCUUCCCUGAAAACUUUGAUCCGAUGGUCCAAUUCGAGCUGUCGGAUUAUCUUAUGGUCGAUGAUGGCGUCUUCAAGGAAGAUACGUCGUCGCACAAUAUGGCAUCAUCGGAGAAGGGCUUGGGAGGCGCUAAUGAAAUUAGUGGUGCAACAUCAAAAAAUAGUAACAUAAAAUGCAAAAGUGGAGUGACGAAAAACAAGUCGGAAGUGGGGCAUCGAGUUGUAUUUCGAACGAAAUCAGAGAUGGAAGUCAUGGAUGAUGGAUAUAAAUGGAGGAAAUAUGGGAAAAAGUCCGUGAAGAACAGUCCGAAUCCAAGGAAUUAUUAUAAAUGUUCAAGUGGAGGAUGCGAUGUGAAGAAGAGGAUAGAAAGGGACGGAGACGAUAAAAGCUUUGUGAUAACUACCUAUGUAGGUGUUCACAAUCAUGAGAGCCCAUACAUGGCUUACUAUAAUCAAAUGCCCCUUAUGGCUCCUAAUGCUUGGACCCUGAAAGCUUCUCCUCCCUCUUCUUCUUCUACAUGAAAAAAACAAAAAAAAAAAACAUAUAUAUUCUUACUUGAAGCUUCUUCGUCUCUUUAUAUCAUAUUGCUUAACAUGCAUGGCCAUCUACUCGAAAGAUAUUUUACAUGAUUUUCUUUGUAUUAUAGACAUAUAAAAUGCUCUUCACAGAGAUUAGUUUGACACUAUUUUUCCCACUAUGCUUUUUCGGGCUGAACAGUUAAAAUCCAGCCUAUAUGAGAGAGAUUUACCUCCUCCAAAGCCACUUUAGGCCUACUUGAAUGGGACUGGGACAAGCUAGUGGAUUCACUUUCAGUCGUUUGUUGUUGU